AUGCAAUGCUUUGCUUUUUCAGUGGAUGUCUGCGUAAUUGAACAGACUCAACAAAAUGAAAAAGCAAGCAGCAAGCCCGGAUUGUCAACACAAUCAAUAGAAAAUCCACUUAAUCAUAUGACAGUAAAAUCUAUACAACACAACUCGCCUCUGAAGUCGGUGGUCCAUACUACUACCAACACGCAGAAAGAGAACUCGUUUGCAUCUAUAUCCGAUGAUCUGAAAAGUAAUUAUGUGGUGUCCGAAAAGAAAGAUGGCUUUGGAGAUGACGAGUUCAAGAAAAUUUUUGACAAAGCUCAGGAAGCCCUCCAACAAGGAAUACAUCCUGUUCUCAUUCCCGUAGGAAGCUCAGGCUCUUACUUUGUGCGAGACGUAAAUUUGGAAAACAUUGCUGUCUUCAAACCAUCCGACGAGGAGCCCUUUGCUGCUUUGAAUCCGAAGUGGCCGAAGUUCUUUCAAAGGAUAUUGUGCUUCUGCUGCUUCGGAAGAGCAUGUUUGAUACCUAAUAACGGCUAUUUGUCGGAAACUGGAGCAAGUGUUGUUGACGAAAUGCUUGAGCUUCAAAUCGUACCUAAAACAAGGGUUGUUCGCAUGGCUUCUCCGUCUUUCUAUUAUUCUCGCUGCUGUGGACGAUAUGAGAUCAAACCAAAGGAGGGAAGCUUUCAACUUUUUGUGAAAGGAUAUGAAAGCGCAGAAACUGUAUUUUCGCGCUGGGACUACGACCAUUCUCUGCUGUCCGCAGAAGAAGAUAAGAGGUUCAAAUAUCUUUUCCAAAAAAUGAUAGUGUUGGACUAUAUAAUCCGCAAUACAGAUCGUCACAUGGACAAUUUGUUGAUACGGCAUGUACCCGGAAAAGUUAUUGAACUGGCAGCAAUCGAUAAUGGAUUGGCUUUCCCUGUGAAACAUCCGGAAUGUGUGAGCAGAUUUAGAACCUUUCCUUUCCGAUGGACAACGUAUCGAUGGGCGCAACAGCCAUGGGAUGAAAAUCUUCGCGAACACUUGCUAGCCUCAAUCACCCCUGAGUUCCUCCAUGAAUUAUGUCACGAGUUGAAGAUCCUCUUCCGUCAUCGCCACAUCAACAGCCGCUACUUGGUCUUCAGCCAAAUGCGUGUUGUGAGAGGACAGGUUUGGAAUCUGCAUGAAUGUCUAGCCAGGAACGAACCUCCGGCCGCUCUACAGUUGAAGGAGCCCAUUCUGGUCUCUAGAAGGUAUCGGAGAAACCAUCCUACGAAUGGAAACUGGAAUCAGUGGUUUCGCGUUCUCAAAUGCGACAAUUACUAUAGAGGAUGGUGCUAGGCUAACGUGAAGUAAAUGAGACAUUGAGCCUUAAUCAAAAAAAUUAGGCGAGAAAAUAAAGCUAUUCGAUU